UUAUUAUGGCAACCACCAGCACCGAUCUCCAAUCAAUAGUAAAUGUGUCAGAACUGUUUACAUAUUUCACCAUACCUUUAACACUAUUGAACAGCUCGUUGAUUUAUUCUGUUUGUUGAAGGGAACUUCUUUUACAGAAACAAAAAGAAAAUGAGUCGUUAUCAACAUAACAACCCCAUAACUCAAGGUUUCUCCUAUGGGAACACAUCGCAGACGAUAAAAUCACGGCGCGUGGUGGAUGGUCUCCCUCACGUCUGCGCAGACGGACACAACCACGCGACGGCACAGGAAGUUGCGCAGUGCAUCGAUGCGCAUAAGGUGUUCGUCUGUUCUUCCAAUCACAUGCACACAGAGCGAAGCGAUGCUGAGCGGUGUGACCAAAUUAAGAGGGAGGAAGACUCAUUGAAGGAUAAAGAACAACAGCGGAAACAUGAAAGGGAGAUGAUGGAUAAACAAAUCAAAAUGGCGGAUAACCUCAGGGCUAUGGGCUGGAACUUCAAAGUCCACGGAAUGCCACAAUUGGCUUGGAAAGACAGCUGAAAACAUCUGUAACAUUAUCUACACCAACGACAUGAAACUCAAGAUAGUGUAUUUACAGGACUCAAUCCGUCCAUUAAUGUAGAAAAUAGUUCCUCAUUUCAUUUACCAUAAUUUGUUAGAAAUUAAUACACGUGUUGAUGUCAUUUAUCUAAAUCUCUUUAAAACAUACUAGUGCAUCAUUUAAGUUUCCAUAUAAUAUAUUUACGUAUGUACAACUUUUAGUUUUUCGGAGUAGUCGCCUAGUCGGAUAUCGCAAUUCCUCCAUGUUCAAAUGUUCUUUUACUAAAUGAUAUUGUGUUAUUGUGCCAACAUGUGCUAUUUUGUGAGCUGUCUAGAUAGCAUUGCAUUGUUUUGUAUUGUAACAAAAGAAACCAAAAAUGUGCUAUUGAUCUAGUUUAAUAACCGGUGAAACAACAAUCUACGUAAUUGAAUUUCAGGUUUUACUCAUUCGGAGCUCCUCGGCCAUUUUUUUUUAAAAAAAAAAAUCGAUAAAAUGGCCGAGGAGUUCCGAAUGGGUCUUACUGUGAUAACUACAGCAUUUAUUUGCUGUUUGAAGUGUUUUUGUCACUAUAACUUUCACCCUUAAAGCUGCACUCUCACCGAUUGAACGUUUUCACAACUUUUUUUUUAUUUUUUUGCCUUGGAACGAACCAUUUUUUUUUGCGAAAAUCCAUGUCAACCAGUUAUAUAAGACUGUUGACAAAAAUCAGAUCGCAGAUUUUUAUAUUUAAGUUCAAAAAUAAUGUUUUCUGCAUUUUUCUUAAACCGUUAGUAACGGUUUAAGCCAUUAAACAUUAAUUUUCGAACGGGAAUAUGAAAGUCUACGUUUUGAUUUUUUGUCAGCAAUCUUAUAUCAUUGGUUUGCAGAUAUUUACGCAAAAAAUUGCUCUUUACAAGACAAAAAAUAAAAUAGUUGUUAAAAUGGUAAAUCUGUGAGAGUGCAGCUUUAAAAUGGGCUGAUUGUUUGGAACAUUUUCAACAACAUAAAAAACAACACUGUUAUAUAUUUUAAACGUGAAACAUUUAAUAAUAUGUUCAUGUUUGUUUUAAAUACAGCUGAAACGUUUCUUAAAUCUUGUUAGAUAUGCUGCAGAUCACAAGUUUAUCCAUUAAACUCUGUAGUAGAAACGCUAUUUAAACAGUUAACAGCGAAGACGUUAACAGCGUUGUUUACGUUAACCAUGUUCUGAACAAUCAGCCCAAUGUGUUUAUUGAACUUAAUACAUGAAGAACACAUAACUCUUUCACAUUUCUUAAUAAUUAAUUUUACUUUUAAAUUUACCUCUAUAUAUGUCUAUGUACAUUCUUUUCUUUGUACCGGGUAUGUUUAGCUUUACUUCUGUUAUAUAUGAAUAGUUUAUAAUAAAAGUAGAAAGAUAAAGAUAA